UUAUACGAGUUUAUUUACUAUUAUAUAUUAUAUAUAAAUUAUAUCUUAUGUAUAAAUUAACAUUAUAGAAUGUAUAGAAUUAAUACAUAUAUAUUAAUAACUAAAAUAUAUGUAAUAUACAUGUAUAUUUACAAUAUAAAUUUCAUGUAUUGAAUAAUUAAUAUAUUUGUUAAUCAUAUUUUAUUACUUUGUAUGAAUAUAUCUUGUUCAAACAUCUAUAAGACUUAUGUCUAAAAAAGCAGAUUUAGUAUUAAUCGAAUUGCGCCAGCGCAAUUCCAACGAAAGCAUUGAACUUUAAUUUCUACAAAAAGAAACUUAAGACAAAAUCAAAUAACAUAAAAAUCAUUACGUGAGAAUACAAACAAUUAAGUGGUAGUUGCAAAUAUUUUCAGAACAAUAAUAAUAUUCUAUGACGAAUUCUGUAGUCAAGCAAUACGAAGUAUAAAGGUUUUCCUCUUUCAUGAAGUAGAAGCCAUCGUAACACAUUGAAGUUUCUUCGUUGUUGCUGUGUAACACUACUCUUAAAGUUUUAAGGAUAUCAUUUCAUUGUUAUUGGACAACUUUUAUUCGUCUCUAAUUAACUGCAAGCAAUUCAUAACUUGUAUAUAAGUUUCCUUCAAGGCAGUAAUGGCUGUCAAGGGGCUAAUAGCAGCUAUUGUUCAAUUUUUAACUCAACAAUUAGAAGAAGGUGAUAUUACAGCAGAUUCUCGAGAAAGCCUUGAAGUAGCGAUACAAUGUUUAGAAAGUGCUUAUAAUGUACAAGCAUCAGAUACUCCAACAAAUUUUAACUUAUACGAAGUUUAUAAGUCUUCCGUAGAAAGUGCAAAACCUUAUUUAGCUCCAGAAGCUACUCCAGAAGCAAAAGCUGAAGCUGAAAGAUUAAAAAAUGAAGGAAAUACUCUCAUGAAGGCUGAAAAACAUCAUGAAGCUCUUGCCAAUUAUACAAAAGCAAUUCAAUUAGAUGGUCGUAAUGCUGUAUAUUAUUGUAACCGUGCUGCAGCAUAUAGUAAAAUUGGCAAUUAUCAACAAGCAAUUAAUGAUUGUCAUACUGCAUUGUCCAUUGAUCCCUCAUACAGUAAAGCAUAUGGACGUUUAGGUUUAGCAUAUUCCAGCUUGCAAAGACAUAAAGAGGCUAAGGAAAGCUAUCAGAAAGCUUUAGAAAUGGAACCUGACAAUGAAAGUUAUAAAAAUAAUUUACAAGUAGCAGAAGAAAAAUUAGCUCAGCCAAGCAUGAGUAAUAUGGGAUUAGGUGGAAGUGCAUUACCAGGCAUGGAUCUUAGUUCACUCUUGAGUAAUCCUGCUCUUAUGAACAUGGCUCGUCAAAUGUUAUCCAAUCCAGCUCUACAAAAUAUGGUGAGCAAUUUUAUGAGUGGACAAGUCGAACAAGGAGGACAUAUGGAUGCUCUUAUAGAAGCUGGUCAACAUUUUGCACGACAAUUACAAAAUGCUAAUCCUGAAUUAAUUGAAUCUUUAAGACGACAAAUGGGGGGAAAUCCAAAUGAUCCAGAUCCACCUCAACAAAAUUAAAAACUAAAAUUAUGAUAUAUUUUAAUGAUUUUACAUGAAAUGGAAAUAAUCAAAUUUAAUUGGAACAUAUACAUAAUUAAAAAGCAGUGUGUAUUAUUUUCUAAUAUGAAAAAGUGAAAAAUUGUAACUAAAAUUCACUUAAAAAAAUUAUCAUUUCUUAAAAUUAUACAUAUAUGAAUAUCAUAUAUAUAUAUAUAUGAUAUUCAUAUAAUAUAUAUGAUAGAAAUUUUCCUAUAACUUAAUUAUUAAAUAACAAUUUAUCUUUUGAAUGUGUGCUGAUGACAUUUGAUAUAUGAAGAUUAAAUAAUAAAUAUCAAAAUAUAGUGAAUAUUUUAUGAAUGAGAACAUUUCAGAAUAUAAUUAAUGCUUUUUAUGUCAUACAAAAUAACUCUCAAUCUAUUCUAAUUGAUAUAUAGUAUAAAUAUUUUUUAGCUUUUAAAAUUAUUUUCUAUAUGAUAAAUUAUUGUUAUUAUUUAAAAACUAAAUGGAAUUAUGUUUCUUAUCAAAUAUUAUAGUGUUUUUUCUAAUAACUAUUUUAUUCAUAAACUGGUUAUGAAAUUAUUAAAAAAUUUCAAAAUAUUUAAAAAGUUACAAUGUUAGCUUUACAAUGAAAAAUGUACAUAAUUAAACACAUUCUAAAUACAUAACAAAUUAUAUUAUUAAAUAUUUUCAAAA